AUGGAACGUCACUUGUCCAAGUACGUCGGGGCAAUGGUGAUGUACCUCAUUGCCAAGCGGUCGAAGAAGAAAUACGGUAUUGACGAUGAGCGACUGACGCUGUAUGCGGCUCUGAAUAGCUGUGCUGAUGCGGUUGGUGACAAGCGCAUGUUUCUUGGAGGGCAUGAACCGAACAAAGCAGACCUCUCGGUCUUUGGUGUCCUUCGUGCGAUGCACGGCCUGGACACGUACAACGACGUGAUGCGUGAGACGAAGAUCGGGCCGUGGUUUCGAUGCAUGACGGAUAGGGUUGGCUCCAGCUCACGCACUGCAAGCAAGCAACUAGAGAUCACGGUCAAGGAGUAA